ACUGUUUCCUACGCGUGUUGUGUAUGGUUAGUCCAAGCAAUUAGCACGAAAUGUCGACUUGUAAUUCUUUUCAGGUGCAGGUGGCCUCCAUCAUGGAGUAUUUGGCAAAAACGGCAGUAGUAGAAAUCACUAAACUAGUCGACGACGGGUCUGCUGCCUUGCGAUUGGAGAUGUGGAGAAGCCAAAGAGAGAACGAAGCGCUAAAAACGAAGUUACUGCUGAUGGAGGGAGAGCUCAGGGCUGUGCGAGGAUACGGAGAGGGAACGCCGGGCGAUUCUCUCAACAUCUCUUUUGAUGUUCAGGUUUGCGACGAAUUCAAAGAAUCACAAAUACGCAAUUCAGGGGCAGCUGCUGCUAAUGAUGGUGAAGGACCCCUCUGUAAGGAGGAGGAGCUGCACAUGCCACUCUGCCCUGCAGGAGACCCAGAAAAGGAGCUGCAAGCAGAACUCAAACAGGAGCCAGAGGAGCAGCCUCUCACCCCCACACUCCCCCUGCUGGAGUCUGCAGACUGGGGGAUGGAGCUCCAGGCUGUGUGGAGCGUGGCCAAUGGCUUGGGAGUUGAUCAGGAACAAAACGGACAGUGUGGAGGAAGCUCGGAGCAUGGAGAAGCCUGGUUAAAUGACGACUUCUCUCCUCCGCAUUACACAGAUUCUCAGAGGCCACACUCGGAGAAGGGCGAGGGUUCAGCAUCACACCUCGAGCAGAAACAGAAUGGCUGCCCUCUUGAGGAGACGAGCAUUGGUGGACUUGCUGUUGACAUUUCGGCAGAGAUGCCGUUCCCUCUGGGUUCUCCAGGAGAGUGUGAUGGAAGCGCCCCGUGUGAGGCGAGUUCUGACACGUCAGCAGAAGCAAAGAGUCCCUGCAGAACUGAGGGACAGGAGGAGGAGUUAAUCUGCACACGCUGUGGGAAGACGUUCCCGGACGCUCUCAAACUGAAGACACACGAGGAGCAGCACAGCGCGGGGAAACGGUUCAGCUGUUCAGAGUGCGGCAAGGGUUUCACUUCCUCCAGCGUCCUGGAGAAGCACAAGCAGGUUCACAGCAGGGUGAAACCGUUCACCUGCUCUGUGUGCGGCAAGAGUUUCUCCCAGUCACACGUCCUCAAAGCACACAAACACACUCACAUAGGGCAGAAACCGUUCAUUUGCACAGAGUGUGGAAAAAGCUUCCCCAACAAAGCUUGGUUUAAAUCCCACCAGCGUGUUCACACCAGAGAGAAACCGUUCACUUAUGAGCAGUGUGGAAAUUACUUCUUGGUGAAGAGCAGUCUUAAAACUCACCAAAGGGUCCACACCGGUGAGAAACCGUUCACUUGUGAACAGUGUGGAAAGUGCUUCUCCAAGAAGAGCAAUCUUAAAACUCACCAGGUUACUCACACAGGGGAGAAAUGCUUCAGCUGCACAGUGUGUAAUAAGAGCUUUGCCUAUCUCCAUAUUCUUAAGCAACAUCAGAGAGUCCACACAGGAGAGAAACCCCACUGCUGCAACGAGUGUGGGAAGAGCUUUACCCAACUAGGUAAUCUUAAGUCUCACCAGGUUACUCACACAGGAGAUAAAUGCUUCAGCUGCACAGUGUGCAAUAAGAGCUUUUUCCAUCUCCAUGUUCUUCAGCAACAUCAGAGAAUCCACACAGGAGAGAAACCCCACUGCUGCAACAAGUGUGGGAAGAGCUUUACCCGACGAGGUAGUCUUAAAUGUCAUCAAAGGAUCCACACAGGAGAGAAACCGUUUGCUUGUGAGCAGUGUGGAAAGUGCUUCUUGCUGAAGAGCAGUCUUAAAACUCACCAAAGGAUCCACACCGGUGAGAAACCGUUCACUUGUGAGCAGUGUGGAAAGUACUUCUUGGUGAAGAGCAGUCUUAAAUAUCAUCAAAGGGUCCACACCGGUGAGAAACCGUUCACUUGUGAGCAGUGUGGAAAGUGCUUUACCCAGAAGGCCCAUCUUAAAACUCACCAGACUGUCCAUACUGGAGAGAAACUGCACUGCUGCAAUGAGUGUGGGAAGACCUUUGCCCGACUUGGUCAUCUUAAAAACCACCAAAGGGUCCACACCAGAGAGAAACCGUUUGCUUGUGAGCAGUGUGGAAAGUGCUUCUCCGUGAAGAGCAAUCUUAAAAAGCACCGGUGUCCACACACGGGAGAAACCCUACUGAGUGUGGAAAGACCUUUGCACGACUAGGUCAUCUUAAAUCUCAUCAAAGGAUCCGCAUGGGGAGGUUAAAUCUCAUCAAAGGAUCCACAUGGGGAGGUUAAAUCUCAUCAAAGGAUCCACAUGGGGAGGUUAAAUCUCAUCAAAGGAUCCGCAUGGGGAGGUUAAAUCUCAUCAAAGGAUCCGCAUGGGGAGGUUAAAUCUCAUCAAAGGAUCCACACGGGGAGGUUAAAUCUCAUCAAAGGAUCCACAUGGGGAGGUUCGAGCAGGAGUUCCUCCCUGCUCACAUUCUUCAGAGACUCACAGUCAGGGCUCCAGACUCAACAGUGUCCCAACCUCCCAUGUUCGGGACAAACUGACAAAAUUCCCAGGACGCCUUUGUGACAAAAAGUUCAUGCCGAUUGAUUUGUUUUGCCAAUAUGUGUAUUGUUAUUUAUUGUGUACCGCCAUUGGUGCAUCUAGGUACACGUACAAUAGUUAUUUAUGAGAAUAAGUGGCUCCACGGUGGCUCUGGGGGGCGACAUGGCUCAAGCAGUAAGAGCAGUCGUCUGGCAGUCGGAGGGUUGCCGGUUCGAUCCCCCGCCCGGGCUGUGUCAAAGUGUCCCUGAGCAAGACACCCAGCCCCCAAAUGCUCCUGACGAGCUGGUCGGGGCCUUGCAUGGCAGCCAAUCGCCGUCGGUGUGUGUGUGUGCAAUUGAAAUUGUAGUUCCCUCUAGGGUCUUUCAGCGAACUUAUCCCUGGUUAUGGGUAUGCACUUUGUUGUACGUCGCUCUGGAUAAGAGCGUCUGCCAAAUGCCAAUAACGUAAUUUAAUGUGUGUGUAUGUGUAUGAAUGGGUGAAUGAAGAAGCAUCAAUUGUACAGCGCUUUGGAUAAAGGCGCUAUAUAAAUGCCUGCCAUUUACCAUUUACCAAUAAGGAUACAAAAUUUUGAAUAACCAAAGAGAAUGCCAACCAUGACAAGAAUAAAUACAUGUCGGGGGCCGUGGUGGUGCAACAGGCUAAGCUGCAGCGGACUUGCGGUUGCAGUUUGUUGCCGGGGUUCGAUUCCCAGUCCUGCCAAAAGCCAAGUUUGGCCGACUCUCGUGGAGCGGCAUAAUUGGAACUUGGCAGGGUUAGUGGGAUCGCCGCAUGCAGCACCCCGGAGCGCCUCGGAGUAACGGUCUAAUUGGGACCCUCUCAGGGUCACAGGAUCCAGGGCCACUGAGCUACUGGCCAAAUUGGGAGAAAAAGGGAAAAAUGUAAAAAAAUUAUUUGGGG